AUGCUGAUAUUCACCAAUGUUACUUGGCUGGACCUACUAUGUCUUGCUGGUGCCGGAGUGUAUCUGGUCAAGCAGGCAUUCGGAAAGAAGAACCUUGCACCAUAUCCCCCUGGACCUCCGGGGUGGCCUCUCAUUGGGAACGUCGCAGACAUGCCCCACAACAAGGCCUGGCUCACCUUUGCCAAGUGGCGCAAAAAAUAUGGUGACAUCUCGCAUGUCGAAGUUCUGGGUCGGCACAUCAUUGUACUGAAUUCUGUCGAGGCAGCGAUGGCAUUGCUAGACAAGAAAAGCUCUGUCUACUCUGACCGUCCGGUUCUUACAAUGGGUGGCGAACUUGUUGGCUGGAAGUACGCUUUGGGUUUUCUCUCUUAUGGUGAUCGUUUUCGCUAUUACCGCAAGAACAUCCACCGCAUCAUUGGCAGUCGUGCUGCUAUGGCUGUCUACGAACCGAUUGAGGAGAUUGAGACCCGCCGGUUCCUGAAGCGUGUGUUUGCAAAACCUGAGCAACUGCAAGCACAUAUUCGACACACUGCUGGCGCUAUCAUUUUGCAAAUCUCUCAUGGAUAUGAGGUUAAGGAGAAUAAUGAUCCCUUCGUCGACCUUGCAGACCGCGCUAUGAAUCAAUUAUCGCGGUCCACCGAUACUGGUGCCUUCAUGGUUGACAUCAUGCCAUGGUUGGCCAAGGUUCCCGAGUGGUUUCCCGGUGCUGGAUUCAAAUGCUUGGCCCGUGAAUGGAACCAGACCCUCGAAGAGUUGGUUGCUGCACCACACAAAUUCGUCAAGGAUCAGAUAGCUGCCGGAGUUGCCCGUGUGUCUUUCACCUCGAAUCUGUUGAAAGGCCGAACUUUGUCUGCGGAAGAGGAUCACAUGGUGAAAUGGUCUGCUCUAUCCCUAUACGCCGGUGGUGCCGACACGACAGUUUCUACAAUCUAUUCAAUUUUCCUGGCGAUGACACUGUUCCCUGAUGUGCAGAAGAAGGCUCAGGCUGAAAUAGAUGCUGUUGUUGGCACUGAUCGUCUUCCCUCUUUGGCAGACCGCGACUCCCUCCCCUAUAUCGAGGCCCUUGUGAAAGAAUCCCUGCGCUGGAAUGUUGUCAUCCCUACAGGGAUCCCCCACUGUGUCUCUGAGGACGAUAUCUAUGACGGGUACUACAUUCCGAAAGGAUCCUUGAUCAUGCCUAACAUCUGGUUCAUGCUCAAUGACCCGCGGACAUAUGCUAACCCUUCGGAAUUCAACCCUGAACGCUUCCUAGACAAUGACGGAAAGGAUCCCGAACGUGAACCUCGCACGAUCUGCUUCGGCUUUGGUAGACGGAUCUGUCCCGGCCUCCACCUCGCUGAUGCUUCCAUCUGGUUAUCUACUGUGAUGUCGCUCGCCGUGUUUGAUAUUUCCAAGAUUGUCGAGAACGGUGUCGAGCACACCCCCGAGGUCGACUCCUCAUCAGGCGCGAUCAGUCAUCCGAAACCAUUCAAGUGCUCUAUUAAGCCUCGCUCUGCAAAAGCUAUUGCGCUCAUUCAGCAGGAUGUUGACUAUUAAGGGCACGAAGAUGAUCCUUGUUAUCUCAAUCUGUCAUGCAUUCUGAUAUCGUACAU